ACAGAAGAUGAAAUAAGCAACAUGGAGCACGAUCUAGAUAAAAUGGAAGAGAUGAUUGGAGCUACUAUUCCCGCUCAAAAAUUGGCAGAGACUCGUCUGGAACGGCGCACAUACCGACCGAUUGGAGAGCUCUGCUGCGACGCUGCUCAACAUGGCUUGAUAAACGAGAAGAAUCAGAUUGAGACAACCCGCGGGGCUCUUUUAGAGAAACAGGCUCAAAUGAGGCAUGCUCUGAAUGAUCUCUACAAGCAACUGAAGCAUAUCAAAGACGACCUGCGUGACAAAUAUAGUAGCCUUCAGUUAGAAACCCGCUGCCUAGAUCUGCGUGGUUGCCACAUGCACGAGGAGGGCUUGAAAGAAGGUGACAAUGAAGCAGAGGCUAUACCUAGUAACUUUCACGAACCAGGAGAUGCCGAAACCACAACCUCCUCAGGAAUAGGUGAUAGGAUCUCGGCACUCACAAACUUCUCCGCUAUCCGUUUAUAA